AUGAGCACCGCCGUACCCGAUUCCGAUCUCCAACUCGCCGUCUCACCACUCCACCACCACGUCGUUUCCACCGCCGCCAACAAUCCCCGAAAGAAACGCUCCAAGGUAAUACGGUUCGAUAACCCUAAACGUACCAAAUCAUCCCCGUCCCCAAACGGCGCCCUUUCGGCCCGGAAACGCGAUAAUCGGCCGGAGAUCACCAUGCCGUGCACCGAGUGCGGCAAGCGGUUCUGGUCCUGGAAGGCCCUCUUCGGCCACAUGCGCUGCCACCCCGAGCGCCAGUGGCGCGGCAUUAAUCCGCCGCCGAAUCUCCUCCGCGGACGAAGCGAUCUCGCUCUGAUCGGGUCUUUGGCGACGGUGUUCUCCGAGGAGGAAAACGACGUCGCUGCAUCGUUGCUCUUGCUCGCCAAUGGCAGACCUAAAUCUGCAGAAACCCUAGAGGAUCAAGAGGUUGGUGAUCAUAUUCAUGAUCAUGAUCAGUAUGGACAUGGCGGUUUCCGAUUUGAAAGCUCGAGCUGCAAGAAGGUGUUCGGGUCGUGGCAGGCGUUGGUAGGGCAGAGGUCGAGCCACAAGAACGUCAAGGGAUGCUUCGCGAACGGCGCCGUCAUCGUUUCGGAGGCCGAGAAGAAGGUGUUCGCGGUGGAAUUGGGAUCUGGAUCACAUAAAUGCGGGAUUUGUCUGAGGAUUUUCUCGAGUGGACAGGCUUUGGGUGGCCAUAAGAGGUGCCAUUGGGAGAAACUAGGUAUUUCGGACGAUCCGCCAUUGUUGGGACUCAGUCAAGCUCUAAACCAUUCAUUAGACUUGAAUUUGCCUGCGCCUCUGGAAGAUGAUACAUUUUCUUCUUCUUCUGGGAUGGCUUUGGAUUUAACAUUGGCUCUUUGA